GCCGCCAUUGGCAGUGGUGAAACAACAAAUAAAGUAGACUUUGUAGUUGGUUGAACUUUUAGCUGUUAAUGGUGAUAAAAUCUUUGCAGGAAACGCUUGUUUUAUUCGCAAAUGUAGUGUAGUGUUAUUGUUUUCCAUUAAAGCUCCUAUUUUGGUAUGGAGGGCCAAUUUGAUGAUCGUGAAAAGAUGGUUGAUCGUCAAGGAAGCUGUCUUCUGUUACGAUACGCCAGUCAAAACUCGUUAGACGAAAGUUCCCAGAAACAUAUACCGCGUCCGAAUGGAAAAGAAAAACCCCCUUACAGAAACCAUCACCAUUGCCAUCGCGCAUUCGAUAUUGUCAAUAAUAUGAGAUUGCAGAAACUUUUGUGCGACGUCGUUUUAAUAGCUGAGAGUAUAGAAAUUCCCGCCCACAAGAUGAUUCUUGCGGCUUCGUCGUCCUACUUUUAUGCGAUGUUCACGAAUUUUGAGGAGAGUAAACAAGAUCGCAUAACUUUACAGGGAGUGGAUCACCAAGCCCUUUUGCUCUUAAUAGAGUACAUCUACACGUCAGAAAUUCAAGUCACAGAGGAGAACGUUCAGAUUUUACUUCCCGCUGCCAACAUUUUGCAGUUAACAGACGUACGGGAUGCGUGCUGCGAAUUUCUGCAAGCCCAACUUCACCCGACCAAUUGUCUAGGAAUACGCGCGUUCGCGGACUUACACGGCUGUUUGGAGCUACUUAGUCACGCGGAGACCUACAUCGAGCAGCACUUCUCGGAGAUCAUCGAAUGUGAGGAAUUUUUAAGUUUAAGUAGUCAACAAGUCUCCAAGCUUAUUAGUAGCGACCGUCUUACCGUGCCAACGGAGGAAAAAGUAUUCGAAUGUGUGAUAUCUUGGGUUCAACACGAUCUAGAGGAACGUCAAAAGUAUUUAUCCAUUUUAAUGGAGCAUGUUAGGCUUCCCUUAAUGUCUCAAGAUUAUUUGGUACAGAGAGUGGAAGAGGAACCUCUACUUAAACGUGACCUACAGUGUAAAGACUUCAUUAUAGAGGCUCUGAAAUUUCACCUGUUAAAAGGUGACAAUAAAUUGUGUAGCAUUAAAACUCCUCGAAUGCGUCCACGUCAACCGGUUGGAUUGCCGAAGGUACUACUAGUUGUAGGUGGUCAGGCGCCAAAGGCAAUUAGAAGUGUAGAGUGCUUUGACUUUAGAGAAGAAAGGUGGUAUCAGGUUGCUGAAAUGCCUACGAGACGUUGCAGAGCAGGUUUAGCAGUUAUCAACGGACGGGUUUACGCCGUAGGCGGUUUCAACGGUUCUCUACGCGUGCGUACCGUGGACGUUUACGAUCCGAUCAUCGAUCAGUGGAGCACAUGCGCCAGCAUGGAAGCCAGACGAUCGACGUUAGGAGUUGCAGUUUUGGGGAACUGCAUAUGCGCGGUGGGCGGAUUUGACGGUUCCACUGGUCUAAAUACGGCCGAAAUGUUUGAUCCUCGGACUCAAGAGUGGAAAACGAUUUCGCCAAUGUCGACACGUAGGAGUAGUGUCGGUGUGGGCGUCGUUAAUGGUGUUUUGUAUGCGGUAGGCGGAUAUGAUGGAGCGUCACGUCAAUGCUUAAGUGCCGUUGAAUGCUACAACCCGGAAAUGGAUGUGUGGACCUCUGCAACCGAUAUGUCAUGUAGAAGAAGUGGUGCGGGUGUCGGCGUGUUAGAGGGGAUCCUCUACGCAGUGGGAGGUCACGAUGGUCCAUUAGUUCGUAAAUCGGUCGAAUCUUAUGAUCCAGAAACUCGAACGUGGAGUUCGAUUACAGACAUGACUUUGUGUAGAAGAAAUGCGGGAGUCGUUUCCAUGAGUGGCCUGUUGUAUGUGGUGGGAGGCGAUGACGGUACGAGCAAUCUCGCGUCCGUUGAAGUGUAUAACCCGAAAACGGACACUUGGACCAUGUUACCUAGCAGUAUGAGUAUCGGACGUAGCUACGCCGGAGUUGCGAUAAUGGAUAAGCCCAUUUGAAAUUUAAACUUUGCUAGCAGUGGGGUCGAGGUCUCGGAAAGUUACGGGAACGAUGGAGCUGAAGGAGCUGUUGGAUAUGAGAGAUUGGAGAAUAUCUACGAAUCUGUUAAUAAUGACCCCAAUGGUAGCAACGAUAAUCACAGUAUAUAUGAAAGAAUCGGUAUCGACCCUAGUUCGGCUCAAAUCGCUCGGUCACUGUCCGUACUAAACAAUGUUGAGGAACCGGGCUACGUAAACGACAUGCCCGGUUGUAGUUUGUACGGACGUAUAGGUAAUACAUACGGUCGAUUGGAUAUUAUCGGGCAAGGAAUAGGAAGAAUUGAAAGACAUUUAUCUUCUUCGUGUAGUAGCGGCAUGGAUAAUAAUCAUUACUCUUUAGAAAAUGUUUACGGUACCGUCGACGGAACAGGAAGGAUAAGUAAAGUUUCCGUGCAAUGGUUACUAGUUAACAAAUGGCUUCCUAUGUGGAUUAGUAAUACCAGUAACGGAAUGGAUUAUAAAGUCUUGAACUUCCUAGUCGACGAAAAUGAUGACAAUGACGAUGGAGUUAGAUAGUGACUUGUAGCAUUAAGUACUUCUUAACGCAGGACAUUUAAUUUUAUAAUUUUAUUGUAGUGAAGUGAAUUGUACCAGUGUAUAAAUAAAUUAGCGGUACUUGUUUA